UCUGUUUCAGUUGAUGGAAUCUGGAAUCAGGAAAAAAGCUUCUGUUUCCCUUUUAGUUUGGUGGGUAAGGAGACGAAUUCAUAUUCAUUUGAGUAGUGUAGAAGCAAUUCUUAUCAACCUCUCAUAGAAAGAGAAAAGACCAACCCAUCUUGUAUUGUUUGAUGUCAGGAAAGGAAUAAAGAUUAUCUUGUUGGUGAAUCCUAAAAAUUACCAGGCUUUAUGGAUCGGGAUGCGAUGAAUCAGUCGGAGAUUGAGACUGAUGCAAGACCAGGGUCAUCCGAAUCAGAGAGGAAGUCCACUGGUAGCACUAAUGACCCAACAAGAACCAUAGAAUAUAUACACAAAGGUGGUGGACGAACUACACUACACCUGGGUCCAAAUUCUAGUGAGAAACUUCCAAACAUACAAAUAGGAGACCAGAAUAUCAUGAUGGUAGGGGGCACGGGGGCGUGUUCACGGAGGAAGAGUAAAAAUAAUAAAAAACCAAAAAAGAACAUUGAAGCACCUGACCGACCAAUCACAGAUGCAGAGUGUGACACGAUAUCUGAAAAUUUGGGACGCGAUUACAAAAAAUUCAGUCGUAAAAUGGGUUUUAAAGAGGUUCAAAUCGAACAGAUUGAAAUGGACUAUAGAGAUGAAGGACACUAUGAAAUUACUUAUCAGCUGCUGAGAAAACUAAGAAACUUGGGCAAGGACAAACUACAAGACGUUGUAGAUACUUUACAGAUGAUAGAAAGAGAGGACAUUUUGGAAGAGCUAAACAUCAUAUAGGUUAAUUAGUUUGUCUGCAGACAUCAGGACUGGUAAAUAGAUUCACAACAAUGGUCAUUUGAUGGAACCUCAAUACAUUUAUAGUUCAUGCUGGUUAAUAGAUAUCAAUAAUGAGCAGAUGAGUUUAGGCUGUUGGAUCAGAUUUGAUGAGAUGUUAUGAAUUGCAUGUUGUGAAGAUAACUGAAAUUAUUUCUAUCAAUAAAUUAAAUACUGAUUUCACUCUUCAAUCAUAUAAAACAUAUAAAAUAGUUCUUAUCAUUAGGAAGCCAUCAUAAAUACAAAUAUACAUGUAUGUGUAAUAGGGAAAGAGCAGACAAUAUUUCAGCACCAUUUGGGUAAAACAAUACAAUUUAAUACAUGUAUUACAAAAGUUUUUUUAAUGAAAUUCUUUAUGUAAUUAGUUGAAAAAAGUGUAAAGCAUUUAGUUCUGGACUUGUACAACCAAGAAUCUACCUUUGUUUAUUUUCUAACACCAGGCCACUUGACUGCCUGUAGUAGUAUGUUUCCAUUUUUGAAGCAUAUUCAGAUGUACUCCAGUGAUAAAAAAAAUGAAAUUCAGAACAAGUUUUUUUUUUUAAGGACUUUUAAGGACUUUGAUUAAACUAUAGUCAAUCAAUGGUACUGACCAUCUCUCAACCUUACAUCAAAUAUGGUUACCGGUACUCAUUUCAACUCGGGUCCUGUUACUUUGAAUUACAUAAACAAUGCUUUUGUAAGAGUAUUCGACAUCAGUAAAUUUUUAUGCAUUGGACAAAAAAAUAUCAGCUUAUAAUGAUCUUUGACUUUUAUAUGGAUAAGUCUUUAAUACGUAGUGUUGACAAUUUAACAGUAUAUUAAAGUUUGCAGUGUGAAGUUCUCUAAUAUUUAAUUCAAAAUCGAUGGCAAAAAUAAUAAUGAUGAUAAUACAUGUACAUACAUGUGUAUACCGAUAAUAAAUAUAAAUGUCUUGAUACAGUAUGUGAUUUACUACAAUUUCUACAAUAAUCAUUAAUGUAGCCCUCUCCCAAUUUUAUUUUUUUUUUUUGGGGGGGGGGGGGUGUCAGAAUUUAAGAAAAAUUAAAGAGGGCAAUUUGUUAUUGCAGCUCGUAUGUAAUGAAUUUAACUUUUGACAGUUUAUCAUAUAAGUUUUAACUUGACUUCAUUCAUUGUCAAGACUCAUAUGUGCAUGUAUAUAUGCACUUGUAAAAUUUAGCUUGUGUAAAAAUAAAUUUUUAUUACGAUGUAUAAAUUUAUGCCAUUCUUUGAAUUUUUGUACAUAUGUCCUGUUAUAAAAGGUAACUGAUAAAGAUAUGCUGAUAUGCCU